AAAGUGUCGGAAUUUCACUCGCGUUUGUUUACGUUCCUUCUCAAGCAAACAUUUUUUCCGUUAAAAUCGUUUCUGCUAAAUAUUAGGAAAUACCUAGCUUGUACUGUGUAGUUUUGGUCAAAUAUAAAAAUCACAAUGUUUGAAGCCGCCGCUCGCCUUCAGGCCCACAACCAGGACAUGGUCAAAUGCCUCUCGCAGCUGCGAACCCAGCGCCAGAAGCUGGCCGACCGGGUGGCCACCCAGCAGCAGGAACGGCUCGCGCUUCAGACGGAAAUCGGCAACCUGCAGCGACAGCUCGACUCGCUGGACGAAUCGCUGGAGCAGAACCGCCGCAAGCUGCACGAGCAAGAAGCCAAACUGGCGGACACCGAGGCCGGAUAUAGUAAGGUCGUGGACACGAUGCACAUCCUGCUGAUGUCGGUGAAAAAGGACGGGGAGCGGGAGAUGAAGCAGGAGGCGACGUAGGAUGAUUUGGUUGAAUGGUUGUUUAUUUCAUUAUGAAUAAUUUUUCCCUACAAUUCAAUGAUAACUUAGAAUAACGAACCUUCUAAUUAAUUAGCAAAAUAGGCACAUAUUCACACUAACCAACUUUGAAUCGAGAAUAAAUACAAAAAUCCUACUUAGUUUUGGUAUGAACUUGAAAAA